ACACGUCUCCACUCCAUAUUACGCUUCCCCUAUAUCCCAUCACACUUUCUAUUAUAACUAAUAUAUAUAUAUAAUCAUUUUAUCAAAAAUCACACUUCUCAUUGGUGUUAAAUUCUGAGCUCUUCUCUUCUGAUCUAUCUCGGUAUUCCCUUUUAUUUAUUUUCUAAUCUAUAAUAGGGAUUCUUGCCGUGCGUCGGUGAACGUGUAAGAGAAUUAAAGUGAGAGCGACAGAGAGAAAGAAGUGUGGUCAUUUAAUGGGCCGAGGAGGACCUUCCCUAAUUACCCUCCAACAUUGGGAUUCAUCCCAAAAAGCCCAUUACCAUUAACGACGUCGUGUCCCUCCUCAACCUCCCAUAAUCGUCUCGUCUCGUCUCGUACAUAUAUAUUUAUAAACCCAUAACGGUUGUUUUAGUUUAGCGGAGAAUCUUAGAUCGGCCAUUACUUUGUACAAAUACUACUGUGAGAGAGACAUGGGAAAUUGUCAAGCAGCGGAGGCGGCGACGGUGUUGAUUCAUCAUCCGGUAAACGGCAAGAUCGAUCGGAUUUAUUGGUCAGUGAGUGCUCAAGAAGUCAUGACCUCCAACCCAGGCCAUUACGUGGCUCUGGUCGUCACUUCGCCGACGUUGAAGUCCGAGAACGGUUCACCAUUGAAGCAGCUCAAGCUUCUUCGACCCGACGAUACCUUGUUGAUCGGCCAGAUUUAUCGUUUAAUCAGCUUCGAAGAUGUGUUGAAAGAGUUUGCUGCUAAGAAGAGCGUGAAGCUGGGGAAGCUGUUGAAGGAGAGAGGAGGAGUUGGGCUUGGGCUUGGGCAGGAGACCAGGAAGAGAGACUCGAUCGGUGGCCCGAUUCCGAACAACUCGAACUCCGUUAAGUCGGAACCUGAGAUUCAUCGCAUGGGAAGAAACGACGUCGUCGCGGGUAGUAGCAGCAAUAGUAGCAGAGGAGUCGGGAGGCACUAUGGAGUUGGUGGUGGGGGGCAUUGGAGACCAGCUUUACAGAGCAUUUCAGAGGUUAUUGGAACUUGAGAAUCAUGUAUGGUCGUCAUGCACAUUAAAAUCCCUCCCUCCUCAUCUGUCCCCCUUCGAACGACAUCUCUCUCUUUGUCGUUCGUGUUCAUGGAAUCUCUCUGUAGACUCUUUCGUGAAUAAAAACAAGCAAUAUAGCAUCGUAGUUUCGUUUCUUUUUAGACACAUGGAUGUUAUGAAUGAAUGAUUAGUCAUCUCCACUAACUAGCUUAGCCAGAUCGUUUUCUAUGUACUUAGAUAUGAUAAUGUAACUCAAUUGGGUCACUACAAUUACUACUAUAAAUAUCAUUUAAUUAACUCUUC